CACGUGCUACUGCGCACGCGCGUGCCUGGGGCAGGCCCGCCAUGUUGCCGGCGGCCGGGUUCCGGUUCCGGGUGAGGCUGGGUCGCUAUGGCGGUGCUGGCAGCCAAUCCCAACAACCCCGUGGUCUUCUUCGAUGUCAGCAUCGGCGGCCAGGAGAUCGGCCGCAUGAAGGUGGAGCUGUUCGCUGACGUUGUGCCCAAAACGGCGGAGAAUUUCAGGCAAUUUUGUACAGGUGAAUUCAGGAAAGAUGGUGUCCCAAUAGGUUACAAAGGGAGCACUUUCCACAGAGUCAUUAAGGAUUUCAUGAUACAGGGAGGUGACUUUGUAAACGGAGAUGGUACUGGAGUAGCUAGUAUAUACCGGGGUCCCUUUGCAGAUGAAAACUUCAAACUCAGACAUUCUGCUCCUGGGCUGUUGUCUAUGGCAAACAGUGGUCCAAGUACAAACGGGUGUCAGUUCUUCUUCACCUGUUCCAAAUGUGACUGGCUGGAUGGGAAGCAUGUUGUGUUUGGUAAAAUCGUUGAUGGGCUCCUUGUCAUGAGAAAAAUUGAAAAUGUACCUACUGGUCCAAAUAACAAACCCAAACUGCCAGUGGUCAUCUCACAGUGCGGUGAAAUGUAGAGCAAUGAAUGCAGAAAUCUCGGUAGUCAUUGGUCCCUCGUUGCCUUUUCCUGCAGGCCAUAUCUGUGCUGCUGGCACUUCUACAGACGUUUCUGAUAUUCAGGAUGUACAAUUUUUUUUAAAAACAAAUUUUCCAGUGUAAAUAAAGCAUUUUGUUAAAUGUC